GCAUGCAGUUAGCAUGAACAGAAGAGCAGUUAGCAUGAAAAUAGCGGUAUAAGACAGCUAGAGAUGCAACAUUGCGGCGAUGACAGAGAGGCUGAAGAAAGUUAGUUGAGGAGAGAAGUUGAUGAGACGAAAAGGUUUUGAUUUCACCCUGUCUAAAAAAGCGGUAUGAGUGGAGCCCCUGCAGACAUGUGAAGCAUACUCCAUACAUGGACGGAUAAGGCCCUUGUACAGUCAACAGCUGGGGAGGUGAGAAAAACUAGCGGAGACGUCUCAGUGUGGUGUGGUUUGUGCAGUACAUUGUGGUGUUGUGUGAUGUUGUGCAGUGUGGUGUGGUGUGGUGUGAUGUGGUGAGGCGUGGUGUACUGUAGUGUGAUGUGAUGUGGCGUGACACAGUGUGGUGUGGUGUGGUGUUGUGUGGUGUGGUGUGGUGUGGUGUGGUCUGGUGUGGUGUGUUGGUGAAGUGUAGUGUGCUGCAGUGCAGUGUGGUGUGGUAAAGUGUGAUUUGGUGUGGUGUGGGAUGGUGUAGUGUGAUGGAAUGUGGUGUGGUGUGACGCAGGGUGGUGUGGUGUGGUGCAGUGUGGUGCAUUGUGGUGUGCUGUGAUGCAGUGUGGUAUGGCGUGGUGUGAUACAGUGUUGUGUGGUGCAGAGUGAAGCAGUGUUGUGUGGUGUGGUGCAUUGUGGUGUGGUGUGUUGUGGAAGGGCAUGGAGUGGUGUGAGGCAGUGUGGUGUAGAUAAGUGUGGUGGAGAGUGGUGUGGUGUUGCGUGAUAUAGUGUGGUACAGAGUGAUGUGGUGUUGUGGUGUGGUGUGGUACAAUGUGGUGUAGUGUGAUAUGGUACAGUGUGGUUUGGUGCAUUAUGGUGUGGUGUGAUCCAGUGUAGUGUGUAGUUCCUCCUCCUUUUCUGUUACCUUUCUUGGUUUUCUGUUAAUGAAGGGCAGCUAACAUUUGCUUAUUGAAUGAAAAAACGAAAAAAAAAUUUAACGAAAAAUAAAGAGAGAUGUUAUGUCCGGAAAUAACGCGCGCGCUUGUGUGUGUGUGUGUGUGUGUGUGUGUGUGUGUGUGUGUGUGUGUGUGUGAACAGAAUUUCAGUGCAAGUAAAAAAAAAAUCGCCUCCAUCUCUGCAGCUUUGCCUGAGCUUCCUCCUCCUUCCCCUCCUUGUCAUUCUAAUUCAGCAGUGCAAGGGACCCAAAGAUUUCAUUCUUUUCAGGUUAUGGUUAUGAGUAUAUCGCUGGCAACUUACACCACAUCCUCUCUCUCUCUCUCUCUCUCUCUCUCUCUCUCUCUCUCUCUCUCUCUCUCUCUCUCUCUCUCUCUCUCUCUCUCAUUGCAUCUUUUAUUCUUAUUUGUCUGUUCACUAUAUAUUUAAUAAUGUUUUCCAUAUUUAUUAUCUUUAUUAUACCUUACAACACACACACACACACACACACACACACACACACACACACACACACACACACACACACACACACACACACACACACACACACAUACAGAGUUUUCCUGUUAUGCAGUGACUCAAGCAGUAGGUUGAAAGAGUUGAUACACGUAGUUUCGUAGAGCACUCUCAUGUGAGUGUGUGUGGUGUCACAUGAGGGAAGCAGGUGUGCUGUAGGCUGACAGCCGUUUUGGGUUACCUCAGAGCAACACACGCCCCACAUCCCACCAUGGCAUCCAAUCCACAUCACCUCGUGAAAGAAUUUCUUGAGGCAAUUCAACACCACCCAACAGCGAAAGGGAGAUGGAUGCCAAAACCCCCUGGGACGUGACCACCAGGGCAGUGAGAGGGAGGAGGAGCCAGGGGACAGCCAGGAAUCCCAGCAGGAUGAGGAACAAGAGCGAACGAUGGGGACAGAGAUGGGAGGAGGCUGCCCUGCCAUCAACACCGUCACAACACGCCCCAUCGCUACCGCAACACAAUGUGUACGCCGCAAGACAUACAAACGGGAGGAGAAACUUAGUCUGGAAAGGACUAACAGAAGAAGAAACAACCAUGUGGGUGAACAACACUUACACAGAAUUAGUUGGGUGGUCGACAUGUCAUCUGUUCGAUCCACCAAAGUGUGCAGCCACCAACAAAAUUGUACAAGAGAUGGUCAUCCUCCUCAACAGUUACUUACAAGAGUCACCCCUCGCACCGUAUGCGAUGAAAUUAUUCUUCACACUGCCAAAACUCUUCUUUCAAAAGACACAUAGAAAUGCGAAGGCGGCGGAAAACGUGAAAGCCGUCGCAAGAAGAGUGGGUCUAUGGCAGAACAACCAACUGGAUGAGCUCCUGGAGGAAGCCCGAGCCAUCCAGAAGAGGCUGCCAAGGCCAUCAGGAAACCAACAAGGGCAGGAAGACAAAGCCCGUAAUUUCGCUGGCAAUAUGCGGCAAGGACAGGUGUCCAGGGCUCUGCAGGCACUUAAUGAACAGCAGUCAGGUGGAGUGUUGCCCCUCACCAGGGAAACCAUCCACCUGCUGAAGGAAAAACAUCCUCCCCCCAGUGACGAGGAGGGCCUCAGGAUGCAGGGGCCUUUCCGCAAGCCCAAUGAUGUCAUCUACGAGGUGAUAACUGGAGAGAUGAUCUGGAAGAAGUCUCUCCAGACACACGGCAGUGCUGGUCCCUCAGGACUAGACGCUAGAGGGUGGCGUCGCCUGUUGAGCGGCGCACUCUGUGGCAGCGCCGCUAACGACCUAUGCGGCGCCCUGGCAGCACUGGCGAGGAAGCUUGCCACCACAAAUUGUCACCACGUCGAGGCUCUCACAGCAUGCCGAUUAAUUCCGCUGGACAAAAAGCCGGGAUGCAGACCAAUUGGCAUCGGCGAGGUGAUAAGACGCAUCGGGGGUAAAUGCGUCAUGACGGUGGUCAAGGACGACGUAAGGAGGGCAGCGGGGAACCUGCAAGUAUGUGCAGGACAGCAGGCAGGAGGGGAAGCCGCCAUCCACGCUAUGAGGGAAAUGUUCAGUGAAGACAAUUGUGAAGUGGUGUUAUUAGUGGACGCCAAAAACGCUUUCAACACUAUUAACAGAAAAACAAUGCUUCACAACAUUCGAGUAAAAUGUCCCUCUCUGGCACAAUAUGUAGAAAACACAUAUAGUGACCCCUCGGAUUUGUACAUAUGUAGUAAUAGUGGUAAUAGUGUUAAGGUGUUAAAGUCCAUGGAAGGGACAACACAAGGUGACCCAGUGGCCAUGGCGAUGUACGCCCUCGGACUUUCAGUGCUGCAACAAGUUAUCUCAUAUGAGAAAACGAGUGUGAAGCAAGUGGCGUACGCGGAUGACCUGUCAGGGGCCGGCAAAAUAACAGACUUGAAAAAAUGGUGGGGCUUAGUGAACGACAAUGGUCCCAUCAUAGGGUACACACCCAAUGCCGCUAAGUCCGUCCUUAUUGUAAAGCCUGAACACUAUGACAGUGCAGUGGAUAGCUUCAGUGGCAGUGGAGUUAUAAUAACAAAGGAUGGACAACGGCAUCUGGGUGCUGUCAUCGGAACAGAGGAGUUCAAGAAGGAGUACAUAGGAGAAAAGGUGAAGGAGUGGAUACAUGAGGUGGAAGUCCUGUCUGACAUGGCCAGGACUGAGCCUCAUGCAGCCUACUCCGCCUACACCCACGGCUUGCAGCAUCGUUGGAGAUUCGCCAUGCGCACCAUCCCAGGCAUCAGCCCUCUCCUUGCACCACUGGAGGUCUCGAUAAGGAACACCUUCCUCCCAGCGUUACUGAGAUCCCACACCAUCGGAGAUGGGGAAAGGGCGCUGCUCGAACUUCCACCAAGACUGGGCGGGAUGGGAAUCACCUCCCCUGAGAAGUUGGCGACUGUGGAGAACCUCAACUCCCUCAAGCUCACCAGGUCCCUCACAGAGAAGAUCAUUGCUCAGGACGCACAUGGUGAAAUAGCCCAAAGUGCAGUCACUGAGCAAGGACGAACUAUAUCUAGAGAUAGGCAACAACAUCAACGAAACUGUCUCGAAGACCUGAUAAACAUCCUGCCUGCAACCACAGUGAGAAAAAUCCUCACUGCACAGGAAACGGGAGCCUCUAACUGGCUAACGUCACUGCCCAUCAGAGCGAAGGGCUUCAGCCUCAACAAACAAGAAUUUGUCGACGCCAUUGCUCUGAGGUGCGGCUGGCCGAUGGAAGGACUCCCCAUUACCUGUGUCUGUGGCUCCCCCAAUGACGUCAACCACACCAUGACGUGCAAAAAGGGGGGAUUCGUAUGUAUCAGGCACGAUGAGGUGAGAGAUCUGACCGCCAGCAUGCUCAGGGAGGUGUGCCACGAUGUCUCCACUGAAACGACCCUCCUGCCGCUAGACAGCGAGCACCUGCGCUACAGAACAGCCAACACCACCAACGAGGCUCGAGUCGACGUGCACGAGGGUUCUGGACAAGGGGACAGAAAGCAUUCGUGGACAUACGGAUCUUUGACCCGAUGGCCGCCUGUCACCACGAACUCUCCCUGGAGGCCGCCCACCGCAAGAAUGAGCAGGAGAAGAUCCGAGCGUAUGGGGAGAGAAUCCAACACGUUGACCAGGGCAGCUUCACACCUCUGGUCUUCACCACAUCUGGCGGGAUGGGCUCCAAGGCUCAGUGCUUCUACUCAAGACUAGCCGACCUAAUGGCAGAAAAGAAGCACCAGCCAAGGAGCCAUGUCGUUGCAUGGAUUAGGUGCCGUCUCUCAUUCUCCCUCCUCAGAUCUGCCCUCCUGUGUCUCAUGGGGACAAGGCAUUCCACUCCCAUACCUGCAGACUUAGGAGGCCUCGACUGCGAGGCUACAGUGGUGGAGAGUGGCAUAAGAGUAGAUAGAGUAGAGGUAGAGUGAAUUUAUAGUUAACAACUAAUGUCUAUAUUAUAGAGUAUUAGAUAUGGUUGGAUGCCACAGUCAUUAGCGAGAGCUGGGGCUAAUGACCUCCAAGUAAUGGAGCCCCUAAUUGACACAUCAAUAAACAUGGGGUGGAGGUAUUAUUUUAAUAUAGUAAUCGUAGUAGUAGCAGCAGUCGUAGUAAUAGUAGUACGUAGCAGCAGCAGCAGCAGCAGCAGUACCAACGGUAGUGUAAGCAUGAGUAAUAAAGUCAGCUGGGACACCAGUAGUAGUACUAGCAGUAGUUGUAGUAGUAGUAGUUAUAGUAGAAGCAGUAGUUGUAGUAGUAGUGGUGGUAGUACUAGCAGUAGUAGUAGUAGUAGUUGUAGUAGUAGUUGUAGUAGUAAUAGUAGUAGUAGUAGUAGUAGUAGUAGUAGUAGUAGUAGUUGUUGUAGUAGUAGUAGUAGUAGUAGUAGUAGUAGUAGUAGUAGUAGUAGUAGUAGUAGUAGUAGUACACUACAGUAGUAGUAGUAGUAGUAGUAGUAGUAAUAAUAGUAGUAGUACUAGCAGUAGUUGUAGUAGUAGUAGUUGUAGUAGAAGCAGUAGUUGUAGUAGUAGUGGUGGUAGUACUAGCAGUAGUAGUAGUUGUUGUAGUAGCAGUUGUAGUAGUAGGUAUUUUUUUCAUAUUUAUCAUUAUCAUUAACAGGUUUUUUUUCUUUCUAGUAUUAUUUUGAUAACAAAUCUUCUUCUUCUUCAUC